AUGCCACCAAAAAGAGUCAAAAGCGGGACAGUGUCUGCUGCUGGUGCAACGGCAGUUGGAAACAAGGCUUGGGAAACUGGACUCAGUACUGCACCAUUUGAGGAGGUAGCUAACGUUAACAUCUUUCUAACUUUAGCUAGCUAGCUAGCUAGAACUUUAGUAAAGCUAGAUAUCUAGCUAGUGAAACAUUACUUGAACACACUAAACUUUAAGGGGCCAGCUACAAAAGCAGGGAAUGACUUCACUUGUCACAGACUUGUCAAUGUCACUUGGCUAUGUUGUUGUUAUUCACUGAUCACUGACGAUGAUGAUGAUGCUAGGAGACUUGGAAGGCCAGCAUUUCUCUGGUGGUGGGAGAGAGGCUGGAGGAUGAGGAGCUGAUCGGUGCUCUGCUGCUGGCUGUACAGCAGCCCCUACGCAGGCUCUUCAGUGUAGUCACCUGGGACGCCACCCUAGAAAAGGUCAGUAACACAAAGUCUGAUUGUUCACAGUCAAGCAUAGUAGUAGGAGUCCCCUGUAGCUCAGUUGGUAGAGCAUGGCGCUUGCAACGCCAGGGUUGUGGGCUCGUUUCCCACGUGGGGGCCAGUAUGAAAAUGUAUGCACUCACUAACUGUAAGUCGCUCUGGAUAAGAGCGUCUGCUAAAUGACUAAAAUGUAAUAGUAAAUAAUAAAAUCAACCACUGAAUGAAAUGCUUCACAGAUCCAUGAACUGGGAAACCCAAAAAUCAAGAAGACCAAGGAUGCACCCAUGUUUUAUGAGGUAUGUAAUGCACCCAUUAUUCAGUAAAAUGGGCUUUAAAGGCUAUUCAUUUCAAAAGACACAUUUAGGAAGCAGCAGAGAAAGAGUCUUGCACAAUAGAUUAGAACUACUACUCACUUUCUGGCUAUUCUACAUCAAGUAUGUUGUUUAUCUAUAAAGGUGAUGGAGGCAGCCAAGGUCCUGCUGGAUGCAGGAGAGGAGCUGCCCUGUGACCUGCUGGGUAAACUGCUCAAGUUCCAGCUCCUGGGAGUCAAGACCAACGACCAGCAGAGGAGAGCCGCAGAGAUGAGGGUAGGAAGGAACUCCUGACAGUCAUCAACAAGCAUCAGUCAUCUUAUCGUCCUGGCAACAGUCAGCUUUCCUAGAGAACCUUUUAAGUGUUAUUGUCAGAUAGAGUCAGCGUUAUAGUAGUAUUGUAACAUGCGUGAUACGUAACCUUGUCUGAGACAUGAAGACUAGCGUGCGCUACCUGUUAAUGUCUAGGCUUCAGCUCAGCAGGCUAACGCAGUCUUCUGGCACAGAGGAGACCCGGAUUUGAACCGCAGUAUUAGCACCACUCAGUUUAGUCCACUCUCUCCCAGGCUGCUGAGGAGAAGGCUAAGGGCAAGGCUGGCAAUACCUCCCCAACCAAAGACAAAGGUGGUGCCAAGCCUGCUGCUAAAGGUGACAAGGGGAAGAAAGGGUCAGAGCCCAGCGCCCCAACCAAGGACACCAAGCUGAAAAAGAGAGGCGAGGAGGAUGAGACCAACAAGUACAUAGGUGAGCAGUCGACUCUGUCCCAAUGAUCACACAUACAGUAUAGUAGGACUGUUCGCUCAUUAGUAUGAUGUUGGUUGUCACUUUGUGUUGGGGAGACUGGUUGGUUGUCUCUCUCUCUCUCUGUCUCUCUCUCUGAUCCCUCUCCUGGGGAGAGAAGAGAGGGAGAGAGAAGCGGAAGAGCUUCUCUCUCCUCUCUGUAUCUGUCUCUGUCUCUCGCUCUCUCUCGCUCUGCUCUCUCUCCUCUGAUCUCUUCUCGAUCUCUCUCUCCUCUCUCUCUUCUCUUUCUCUCUCUCUUCUCUCUUCUCCUCUCCGUUCUCUCUCGCUCUCUCUCGCACAUCUCUCUCUCUUUUUGUGUAUGUGUGAAUGUGUGCGCACAUGCUUUCGUGUGUGUGUGUGUGUGUAGACGAUGAGCCAGACGAUGGUCCUCAGCACUACGUCCUGGUGGUGGGCUUCCAGCAGGCUCAGCUGGUCUCUGUGCUGGACAGCCUGGGGGUCCAUGUGUCCAACGUUAUCAAGCUGACCUCACAGAGACCAGACCGGCCAGAGGGAUCACUGGAGGGGAGUGAUGCCAAACCCCUGGAUGGGGGUAAGACUCAGAUUGCCAUCAAUGUGAGGUUUCGAUUGAUUUAGCCUGGGAUCUUGAAUUUUUUGUUCCACUGGUUUCAUUGUACGGUCAGGGUAACCUGAAUCAAGCACAGCAGAGGUAUUUGACAGUAUUUCAUAUUGGCAGUACACUACUUGACAGUAUUUCAUAUUGGCAGUACAGUAUUUGACAGUAUUUCAGAUUGGCAGUACAGUAUUUGGCAUUUUAACUCUUGAUCUAACAAUCAAUCUAAUUUUUAUAUGAUUUGUGUAGCUAAAUGCUGCUGUUGUGUUCCUGUAGACGCGGAGGCUAACAUUAGGAGAAGACAGCGGGAGCAGUUCUGGGGUCAGUUGGAAGGGGUGCUAAACAGUGGCUCAGCCCUCUCCAAGCUGUUUGAUGUGGCCCGCCUUAGUCUCACCGCUAAAGAGAUCCUGUCACCACAAGACAAGGAUAACCCAGAGGCUAUGGUGAUUUCCUUGCCUUCUUCUUCUUCUUCUUCUUCUUCUUCUUCUUCUUCUUCUUCUUCUUCUUCUUCUUCUUCUUCUUCUGCUCCUGCUUCUUCUUCUUCUUCCUGUUCUCUUCCUCUUCCUCCUCCUCCUCUUCCUUCUGCUCCUCCUCCUCCUCCUCCUGUUUCUUCUUCUUCUUCUUCUUCUUCUUCUUCUUCUUCUUCUUCUUCUUCUUCUUCUUCUUCCUCUUCUUCUGAUAUCAAUCAAAGCUCUGACGAGAAGGCCGAGACUCUGACACAUAAGCAAUAAACAUUGGCAAGAGCAGUGUGCGGGUCUUUCUUUUUCUUUGUUAAUUGUUUAGAAUAUACUUAAAAUGCUAUGUUAAUAUGUUGUGUUGUAGCUUGGGUUUGGGACACGUCUGUUUGAGGACGUGGCGUGUCUGAUCUAUGACUGUCUGGACUGGAGGAGACAGCAUCAACACUACCUCAACAACAUGAGACUGGUCCAGGUGCCCUCUGUCACCAGGGCUGGGGCACGCACCACCCAGGAGAACCCUGCAGAGGUACUAUACUACAAACACACAUGCAUGAACACACUGGAUGAACUUACUGCUGGAUAGAGAAGGAACCCAUACUGAAUGUACACAAUACUGUCUUUAUUUCAUGUAGGUCUAUUUUCUAUUUCUACAUGUAGCAAAAAUGUUGAGGAAUAUGUUCUGUCAUGUCUUAGACAGUUCAAACCACAACGCCUCAGACACCUGGGUCCAAGAAGAGACAAGCCCAAGAGGAGACCCCUCCAGGUAUUCUACAGCUUCACAAACACUCACUGUAGGACAGUUGAUAUUAUAAUGUAUAGUUCAAGUACAUUAUUACAGUUAACUGAUAGCUGAAUGAAAAGUGAAUUGACCCUAACCCAGGGAACUGAUGUCUGUUGUCCCAGCAGACCCUGAACCGGCUGCUCUGAGUACUGAUGUGGACAUGCGUUACUAUAACGACCUGCUGGACCAGAUCCCUCCUGAAGCCUCCUCUGUUCCCCUCAUACUACACUGCAUGCUGGAGCAGGUUCUGUUCUGUUCCCUUCAUACUACACUGGAGCAGGUUCUGUUCUGUUCCCUUCAUACUACACUGGAGCAGGUUCUGUUCUGUUCCCUUCAUACUACACUGGAGCAGGUUCUGUUCUGUUCCCUUCAUACUACACUGGAGCAGGUUCUGUUCUGUUCCCUUCAUACUACACUGGAGCAGGUUCUGUUCUGUUCCCUUCAUACUACACUGGAGCAGGUUCUGUUUCUGUUGCCUUCAUACUACACUGGAGCAGGUUCUGUUUCUGUUGCCCUUCAUACUACACUGGAGCAGUUUGUUCUGUUCCCUUCAUGCUACACUGUAGCAGGUUCUGUUCUGUUUGCUUCAUACUACACUGGAGCAGGUUCUGUUUCUGUUGCCUUCAUACUACACUGGAGCAGGUUCUGUUCUGUUCCCUUCAUACUACACUGGAGCAGGUUCUGUUCUGUUUGCUUCAUACUACACUGGAGCAGGUUCUGUUUCUGUUCCCUUCAUACUACACUGGAGCAGGUUCUGUUCUGUUGCCUUCAUACUACACUGGAGCAGGUUCUGUUCUGUUCCCUUCAUGCUACACUGUAGCAGGUUCUGUUCUGUUUGCUUCAUACUACACUGGAGCAGGUUCUGUUUCUGUUGCCUUCAUACUACACUGGAGCAGGUUCUGUUCUGUUCCCUUCAUACUACACUGGAGCAGGUUCUGUUCUGUUUGCUUCAUACUACACUGGAGCAGGUUCUGUUUCUGUUCCCUUCAUACUACACUGGAGCAGGUUCUGUUCUGUUCCCUUUAUACUACACUGGAGCAGGUUCUGUUCUGUUGCCUUUAUACUACACUGGAGCAGGUUCUGUUUCUGUUCCCUUCAUGCUACACUGGAGCAGGUAGUCCACUGCAGGCCCCAACAAUCAUCCCCACAUCACCAUACUACAGUCAACCAGGAUAACAGUUGUUCAGCCAGAUCUGUUUGGGUUUUAUCCAUGUGGUUCAUUGUAUUACUGCAUGUGUAUUGUCUUACCCUCAGAGGUCAACAUUGAAGUAUUGUUGUUGAGAAAACACCAUUCUCCUCCAUACCUUGACUUAGACACUCAAGACAUUAUAUAUACAGUGUAUUCGGAAAGUAUUCAGACCCCUUGACUUUUUCCACAUUUUGUUACAUUACAGCCUUAUUCUAAAAGGGAUUACAUUUAAUUUUCCCCUCAUCAAUCUACACACAAUACCCCAUAAUGACAAAGUGAAAAUAAAAAAUAAAAACAGAAAAACCUUAUGUACAUAAAUAUUCAGACCCUUUGCUAUGAGACUCGAAAUUGAGCUCAGGUGCGUCCUGUUUCCAUUGAUCAUCCUUGAGAUGUUUCUACAACUUGAUUGGAGUCCACCUGUGGUAAAUUCAAUUGAUUGGACAUGA